AUGUCAUCUUCUAAUGAUAUGAAUACUGAUAAAGAUAUCUCUUUGGCCGAAGAAGAUUUACCGGCAAUGCAAUUCUUAUUGAAAUUUGCCAACCGUUAUCCAAUGUGCGGUCCAGAUCUCUUUUUUGGAUCGCUUGAUGCCGCUAUCGCAAAAGCAUUAUUCGAUCCAACUAAUGUGAAACAUUCUAUUUCUUAUAAUAAUAAUAUACAAUAA